UCUGACAGAUAAGCAUACAGAUCUAUACUUAAACGGCAUAUCGAGGCGCCAGGAUGGUCAAUCACGUCGCAAGUACGCCGCUUCCUGCAGCCCUAUGGCUGACGAAGCUGGCUAGACACUGCCAUUGGCAGGGCAGCAAUUAGACUGCAGGACUGAGAUUUGCUCUCUAACCCUAAACAAUCAAACCGCCUGUUCGCAAGGACUUCAGUUUGCUAUCAUGGUGAACAGGUUGGCGCCGAGCUUAACAUGUCCUCGAGACACUACUCAGACCGUCCCAUCUGCGGGUAAGUCAUUCCGACUCGACGGUGCAGCUUUCGCUCUCUACUUCGUGUGGUUGACGGCCAUACUCUUGGCCAUGUAUACCGAAUGGUCUCGACGUACUCGCCGGUUUGUCAAAGGCUCAGAUUUCGAACAGGCCAUCAGACUUCCCUUCCUGGCAGGUGUCGUGCCCGCUAUCUUUUCCAUGGUUUGGGCUGUUUCGACACCCCUGUCAUCCGACCACUAUGCACAGUCUCAGGCCACGAAAGACUUUGUUGAGAGAUGUUCAAACAUGUCAACUAUCAAGUUCAAGUCUUCUGUUGCGAUGAAAGAAUUCCUUGACGCCUGCGACAUGAUCUGGGACCGCAUGGACGCAGAUAUUGGAGGUAUUGGUGUCAGAGUAUCAUUCUAUAUCGCAUUAGCGAUGACGAUCGUUUCAUCUUUCGGAGGACACUCCCACCAAGAGAGAACGGCUGUUAAGGACGUUGGUACUGCCCAGCUUGCGUCAAUGCUGUCUAUAAUGGUUGCACUGCUGAGGUCAUAUACCAUCUUGAAUUUCUGGCAAAUUAUGGCCGCUACCUUCGACGUCUGACGCUCACUGAUCCGACAAAGGCUCCAAACAAGAUCGACCCAUGGAAUGUCCGAGCCUUUGCUUGAAUGCCCGCUGCUAUGCCUGCUACUACUGUGACUGACUGGUUCCUAUGGACUCUACCUGCGGCUGUGGCUGUGUUGAU